UAGGUUCUCCAUCGCGGGCAUAGGACGAGAAGCUACUGAAGGUGUGGCUCUUGCAAUUCUUGUUGUUCUGCUGUGAAUACGUUGUCUUAGUGAUUGUUGUGUUUAAUGAGUUGUUGUGAAUCACCCUGGGGAUAUUAAAUUGACGAGCCAAAUAAAACUAUUACCUGGCACAAGGAAGGAUUAUAUUUUUCAGCAUUGUUCUGUUUUAUGACCGAAGAUGCUGCAGAAAUGGGUCUUGGGCUGUGAAGUCCAACCUGACCCAGUUUGUAUGCUGAAUCAUGAUGUGGUACAGCUGGAAAAAGGCCAUUUAGGGCAUUGUGUUCAGCUUUGUAUUUGGUGUAGGAUUUCAAAUGGCAGCAUCUGCAGUGUCCAGGCUCUGUUUCAACAGACAAUAAAUGUGGAUCGGUUGUUCUCAUGGCAGGUUUGUUUCCCCCCCAACAUCUAAUGAAUCUCUUCCUUCUUUGUCUCUGUAUCAGGAAAAGUAGCGAAUAGAUCUUGGCUUUCUUUUCCAUGGCAGCCUUUAAGGUGUUUGAGACAACGCCCCCCUCCACUCCCCCGUCUUCUCAAGGUGAAGCCUUUGCAGCCCCUUCAACUUUCCUGGAACAUGGUCAUCCUUGCAGCCCACCUGUUCCAGCAAUAGUGUGCUUAUUGUUCUCCUGGGAUGCCCACAUUUGGAGUCACGGUGUCCCGUAAAUGGGUGAAUGUUGAGUAGCUGAGCAAAUAGACAAAUUAGAUAUUGCAACAGGUGCUUUGAGGCUUAUUCUGAAUUUUCAAUAAACCUUUUGCCCAAUUUUGGAAUGAGCAAAUUUUAUAUUGGAAGGGUUCAUGAUUGUAAUAUGCUGUGUCUCUCUUGCCUUUCAGGGCUUACUCCCUUGUGGACUCUAGUCAAGUAUCCACGUUCCUCAUUUCCAUUCUUCUCAUUGUUUACGGCAGCUUCAGGUCCCUGAACAUGGACUUUGAGAACCAAGACAAGGAAAAGGACAGCAGCAACUCGGCUGGACCCUUCAAUGGCGGUAGCACCAAUAACAGCAUCCAGACCAUUGAUUCGACACAGGCACUUUUCCUGCCUAUUGGGGCAUCCGUGUCCCUCCUGGUUAUGUUCUUCUUCUUUGACUCAGUUCAGGUGGUUUUUACAAUAUGCACAGCAGUCCUUGCAACAAUAGCCUUUGCUUUUCUCCUGCUCCCAAUGUGCCAGUAUUUAACACGACCUUGUUCACCUCAAAACAAGAUUUCCUUUGGAUGCUGUGGGCGUUUCACUGCUGCAGAGCUGCUCUCUUUCUCGCUGUCUGUGAUGCUCGUCCUUAUCUGGGUCUUAACUGGGCACUGGCUGCUCAUGGAUGCUCUGGCCAUGGGCCUCUGUGUAGCAAUGAUUGCCUUCGUCCGGCUGCCGAGCCUUAAGGUCUCCUGCCUGCUGCUAUCAGGGCUAUUAAUUUAUGAUGUCUUUUGGGUCUUCUUCUCUGCCUACAUCUUCAACAGCAAUGUCAUGGUGAAAGUGGCCACACAGCCGGCAGACAACCCCCUGGACGUUUUAUCUCGGAAGCUUCACCUGGGGCCCAGUGUUGGCCGAGACGUCCCCCGCUUGUCGCUGCCUGGCAAACUUGUCUUUCCAAGUUCUACGGGCAGCCAUUUUUCCAUGCUGGGGAUCGGAGACAUUGUGAUGCCAGGCCUCCUGCUUUGCUUUGUUCUGCGUUAUGACAACUACAAAAAACAGGCGAACGGAGAUUCCUGUGGCACAGCAGGACCCGGGAACAUUUCUGGCCGGAUGCAAAAAGUCUCUUAUUUCCAUUGCACUCUCAUCGGAUACUUUGUAGGGCUCUUGACAGCAACCGUGGCAUCUCGCAUCCACCGGGCAGCCCAGCCGGCUCUGUUGUACCUGGUGCCCUUCACCUUGCUUCCACUCCUCACUAUGGCCUACCUAAAGGGCGAUCUGCGCCGCAUGUGGUCGGAGCCAUUCCAUUCGAAGUCCAGCAGCUCACGGUUCUUGGAGGUAUGAUGGAGCAGACGGACAGCAGCCAAACUUCUGCCUGGUCCUUUUUUCACUCACAGCUUGCUUGCGGGUGCCUGAGGCUGGGCUGGUACUUAGGAGCAUUGCCAGUUUGUGGAACUUGUACAAAUGGACUUGCUGUAUUUCCCAGAGGAGAGGGCAGAGCGGCCGGGCUUCCCCUCCAGCCUCCCUCCUUGUGACUGGAGACCCCCCCCUGCCUGGCUCCCUUCUCCUCCCAGCCCCCCUCCUGUUUACAACUCAGUGCCAGACCAUCCGCUCUUCUUGAGGGGGGCAGGAGGAGGAGGUAGCCUAGACCAGAAAACGGCACCACCGCUGAGUCAUGGAGGAACUUGGGAACACUACAAGGAAAAAUGGCCACAGCACUUGGAGUUUCCUGGAAAACCCCACCUGUACUUUGGAUCCUGUUUUUCCAUUGGACUCCAGUUUUGGAAAGAACUGAAUUUCUUCUCACUGUACUCUCUCUCUCUGUCUCUCUCUUCCAUUUAUUUUCUCCUGUGGUGUGAGGUGACCUAUGACAUCCACAGACAUUGAUUGACUUCUUGCGGUUAUUACACCAGAUUAAAAACUUUGUUGUAACAAGUUACAUUUCCACCCUGAUAUCAUAAAUGCAGUGAAUAAGAGCACCACACAGACACACACGCAGACACACACAGACACACACACACUCUCACUCUCCUACACUCCUCCUCCUUUUAUAUUUCCCUACAGGCAUAUGCACAUAUAGCAUUGUCUAUGUGUGUGAACCCACACUGCAAGGGUAAACUCUGCUAGGAUCAUGCUUUGUAGCUGAGAGGGGCUUGCUGUAAUUUUGAGCAUGUAGAGCAGUUGACAAUAGCUUUCUUGUAUAUGGAUCUGCAAACAGCCCCAUGCCGCUCCCUGUUCCACAACCCUCCCCCCCACCCCCCCACCCCGAGUGAAGCUUCCGGUUUCGUUUUCUUUUAAAGGUGUAGUAUGUUGUACCGAAUGUCCUCCUGGAUUUUAGGGGAUUUUCUUUUGAUUUGCAAUCAAUGUAGCAAACUGAGGGGAGGAAGAAAGACGAAGCCUUUUCCUUCCUGCCUCGUUUUGUUUGUGGGUUUGUUUUUUACAACUUGUCCAUUACAGUUUUUAGUAGCUCUCUUCUUGACUUAAUGCAUGUAUUAUAGCAGCUGUUGUCUUCGUGUGUUCUGAUCAUAGUAAUGUAUGACUUGUAAAUACAUUUUUUUCUAUUUUCUAUUUUUUGGUAAUUUCUUUUGCAUUGUUUCAUUAGUGUGUUGUAUUUCUCCCCAUUACCCAGUGUUUAAAAGUGGGGGACCCCACCCUCUGCUGUUGUGAUGGUCAACGUUUAUGAUGACUACUUUGUACCUGGGAGUCUCUUAAAAACAAGGACUUUUCUAAACAAAUUGUCCAGGUUCUGUUGUGUUAACUGUGACAGAUCAACCGUUUCAAAGUUUCCCGGCAUAACGAUCUCUUUCUGAUCAAAAGAAAAGUUUCUGAUUUUCUAUUGGAAAGGUUUGGGCCUGUAAAAUCUCAAAUCCCAGCAGGUUACAGGCCUUCCCUAGAGUUGCUUUUAAGAGGUUGGACCUGAGGUGGUUCAUUGCCCCUGUGACUGGCCAUGCGUGGCUGUCACACAUGGGCAGCCAUCUCCUGGUAUGCAACUAUCCCCUCAUUGUUUGCUUUCUGUGUUCCUCAGCAAGUUCCAUGUUGCCUUCAUUUUUCUGUCCAAUUUGAGAGCUUCCUGGAAGCAUCUGGUUUAGGUGCCUGCAGGAGAUGGCAUCCUCUGAUGCAGAGGACCUCCUCUUUGUCUCCAGCUUAGGAGGCACCUUGAGAAAAGUGGCACAGGAACACAAUUCUUAAAUUAGGGGAACCCCAGAGCUUCCUUCCAGACGUUGUGGGUGUUCCAUCCCUGGAGGUUUUUAAAGGACAGAUUGGCCAGCCAUUUAUCUGGAAUGGAGAAGGGGGCAAAAGUGUCCAACCUUGGGAACUUUAAGACUUAGGGUCUUCAACUCCCAGAAUUCCCUAGCCAGCAUAGUCUUCAAUUCCCAAGAUUGGACAGCCCAGUAGAGGGCCUCCUGCUUGAGCAUGGGUUGCACUGGAAGACCUCCAGAGCCUCUUCCAACUCUCUGAUUCUGUGUUAUGUGUGUCUCUCCCAUCUUUUCUCCCUCAUGGAACUUGCAGGCCACCCUACAUCCAUCCAGGUCUUAAGAGCUGCUUGACUUCUAAAGAUGGCUGCUUCUGUUGUCCAUGUCAAAUGGUCUGUCUGGAGCAGGUUAAAGUUUUUGUUCUAAACAAAUUCAGGACUUGCAAUUUCCAAACAAAUGUAGCUUUUGUACUGUGCAUCAAAGACUCACAGUUUAUCUUGGCUUAGUUGACUAAUUGGAGCCGAUCCUAAGAAUCCCUGCACAUUUCUCAGACUCAUCAGGCCGACCCCGGCUGUAUCUUGAGGUUUGCUUGCUUUAAACUUCUUCUUCAGUCACUUUGACUAUUUGAAUAGCACAGACCUUUGGAAAAAGAGCCACCUUAUUUUGCAUGUGUUCAAGUCACAGGGCAGGAAUUCACUUCCAAAUGCAGAUUCUCUUAAAAGCUUUCAUUGGCGGCCGGUGUGCAUUUGCAUAUGUGACAGCAAUGAAGGUGCUUGUAGGUUGCUUAGAGAGGCAAGAUUUCUUUUAUGAAGGGGACCAAGCCCUUCUCUGACUUCUGGUCCACUAAUUUUGCAUAUUGGAUUUUUGCACGCCCUCCUUCUCUACCACCCCCGACCCACAAAACUCUUGGUGGGCCUGGGCUUAAAUUUUGAAACUCCUUGCUGAAAUCCCCAGGUUUUUUUGCAGUUGAAAGUUCUUGUCACUUUCAAUCAUUUUUCAAUUCUCAGACAUAGUUUUCUUGUUCUCAGCGAUAGUAAUGUAAUCCCUUGUCUUAAAAUCAGUUUUGGUGCUCCUAGGAGAAUUUACCCAGUUGCAUGGAAAAUUGAUGUAAAUUGCAGGUUAUGGGAGAACUUUUUGAAGCCAUGAUAACUGUUUGUUGGGCUUUUCUUGUCUGGCUUGAGGGCUGGGAAUUGGCAGGCAAGAAGCACAUCUGGCCACUUGAGGAGGGAGGACUUUGUCGAAGGGCCUGGAAGCAGCUGGGAAGCCUGCGAUGAUCGGGGUCUCGUGGUGUCAAUCCACCUUCCUCCUGGAGGGCCUUUCGAUGCGCUGCGAUGGGUUAAGAGUGACUGGGAUUUUCAGCUGUGCAAGAAGCGCAUAUGUGGUGUUUAUUUUGCUCUGCUCAGACCAUGCCUUUCUAUAAAAUAUUCCCAAUGUACGCAUAUUUUUAAACCAUACUUUUUAGAAGUCAUAUUUUUACAAGUCCAUUAAAAAGCAGCUCCAAAGUGGAUGCUAUACUUGUACUAUAAUUAAUAUCCCAGCAUCUUAUAAAGUAUAUAUUAAUUUGUG